AACACUAGACCGAUUUAGUGAAUUCAUGAGAAUCGUCUGAGAAUCAUGAGAUUCAUUAGAUAUUUUUUUGGGCUGAAACUCGCCGCCUUCCGAAUUCUGCCACCUCAGCCUUCCUUUGCUUGAACUCGUUGUGAUCAUUCGUAGGGUCCCCUCCUUGCCUAUCAUGGUCGCGAUGCUUGAUGCGGUGGUCGCUACCCUUUCUGAGCAGCGCCAGCGCGUGAACGAAAGUCAGUUGUCCAGCAACGCCACUUCCAUCCUCUUCAAGCUGUCGUGCAAGUUGACCCCAGAGGACUUUGUUCUUUUCUUGCAUCGAUCUUGUGGAUAUCCUGCGACUCAACGGCCAUAUAACUUCAUUCAUCUUCCCUGGAAGCAGCUGGCUGUAGUGAACUUCAUCUCCCACGAGGAGUGCAACUUCUGCUUUCGAGUGAUGAAGUGCUUGGCAGGAGUUCCAGGAGUUCCUGUGGCGGACGUCCGUGAAGGUCUGCAUCUGGGGCUGGAGGCCAACUUGGCUCAUUUCUGCGCAAAGUGUUGCCAGAUGAGUAGCUACGAAACCUUGCCGUUGGUCUUUGUGAACAACCAAGAAGUUCCAUUGAAGUUGGCAUGCCAGAGCUUUGUCAGUGACGAUUUACUGAUGCAUUUCCUGGAGCAGUUGCCAGGACACAAGACCAAGAAAACUCCAAUGCAAAAGAUUCCAAAGGCAGGAAAACAACCCAACAAGCAGCAUCACAACAAGAUGGUCCCCCCUGGCCUUGCACCUCUUGGGCUGACGAAACAAGGCCCAAACACUUUGGACCUCGGCUACGCUCCUCCGCAGUUGGAUGGCCUUGACUUCAACGCUUUGGGCCCAGGUGGCUCUACGGUCGUCUUCUCACUCUGAGCGUCCGUCCUAACCGUGGGUGCCAAUGACCAAAAAUGCGUGGUGGUUGCACCUUGAUCUGCGUAUCAGACCGGUUGCAUGCAGGGGGUGCGAGUAUAUUACGUCUGGGAUUCCCUUUGAUUCUCGAAAUUUGAGACGAGCACACUGGAUGUGUUCGAUUGAAUCUGGGUUGAUGAACUACAACAUGUGAGCAGCGCUCUGGAUUCAUG